AUGCCACGGAACAAUGGAGCCAAAGCGGAGACGGUCGGGAUCGAGAAUAAUGUCAUGAACAAGGUGUUGACGCAUUGCCGAGACCGUAAGCCCAAGCGGUUGCACAACAUCACGCUAAAGAAGUGA